AUGCAUCGCUCCUAUCAGCCUAUAACACCAGCUAUAAAUAAGCUGCUGAAGAAAAGAUGGGAUGACACCAGAUUCGACUUACAUCGACAAAAAGUAAAAUCUGCAAGGGCAGUGAUUGAUAAUAAACCACCGAAGACCUACAUGCAUCUGCAUCUAAAACUUAAGAAACUACAGAUGGAAGAGGAACGUUUGGCAACAGUGGAAAGAGAUAACCGCAUUCUCUUAGAGAAGAUGUCUUAUAUUAUGAGGACCAGAGGGCGGGUAGACAACAAAAACGACUAUGAACCUCGAAGUCUAAACAAAACUAAAAGACAACGAGAACUACUUCGUAUCACCCAUGAAAAUCAAGCCAUCCUUAAAAGAAUUUCACUUAAGGAACCACAUUACAACCAUUUGCAGUGGGAGGAAGAGUGGCGGGUGAAUCAACUAUAUGUGAACAACAUAUCCAAAUACCCAAAGGGAACAGAGCUUCAGCCGCUUGAAGCUUGAGAGCGAC